CACUCACUCUCUCUACUGCCUUUUCGAAUAGCUUUAUUAUGAAAUAAAAACGUGCGCGCGCGCACGCACGCACAUACACACCAAAUCAUAAAACAAUUUAUGACAGAAUAUCAAUGUUAGUCACUAUUAACAUUAAUGCUAUGAAAAUAUGGAGAAAGUUAUUGAGAAAGACAAGUCGUUCGCCUUCAGUAUUAAUUCUCUUUACAGAAUUAAUGAAAACGACUGUACAGUACUUACGUAAUUAUUAAUGUAUUGGCACGCGAUGAUCUGUGAAGUUAAUCUACAAUAAAUGCAAAAUAGUCACGAAUAUCGAUUAAGAUCGAAAAAGUUGUUUUCUUUAACGAAGAAUAAACACAAUUUUUAUUUAAAUUUUGUUUAAAACAAAUAAAUAUCAAUUUAAAAGAAAAUACGAUAUUUAUUUUAUAAUUAGCUAUCAAUAAAAGCAAUUAAAAAUCGAUAUUAUAAAGACGUACUGUAUAUAUAGGAAUAUUGGAAAUUUUUGGAAAGGAAUUUGUUUAGCUUCUCGUGAAAAAAGCGAUCGAUUUAUCGCGUAUAUCAUAUUAUUAAAGUUCGAUUGCUGUUAAAUAAACGGAGCGCAUCAAACAUCGAGUAUAGGAUGGAUAAAUAUCUUUAUGUGAGCAUCUUCGAGUUUCCUAAAAGCUCCAAUCUCGUAGAAAAUCUAUCUAUCACCGAUAAUUGCAACGAUGGCUGCUGAUGACAAUGUAAACUGUUCAUUCAAUCGAAAAGAAAAAAAUAAUUGCUUUCGGUUGCAUCAGGAAAAUCUUGACAAAGUAUAUAGUAGCGCAACAACAUUAAAUUCCAAAUAUUCUAAUGUUUUGAAUAAAAGUCAUCGAACCGACAAGGAUAUCUUGGAGCCUCGCUGCCACCAAAAAUUAAAAAGCUCCUUUUCCGGACCAGAGGUUCGUUAUAUCAAUCCAGCUAUUUAUGCGGAAUCUCUAAAGAUCGAAGACGACGAGGAAGAGACGAUGAACAUCAGGAUACGUGUCGACCAUACGAACAAGACCAAGAUCUUGAACGAUGCUGGCACAAGCAAGCGAUUCAUCGAGAUUAAUAGCGGUGAUACAGCUACAAGAACGGCUGAUAGGCUCUCUUCCUUGUCCUUGAAGGAAGCAUUAGUUCCUUCGUCCGGUGAUUUUGCCGGUGAUGAAAUAGCGUCGCCAGAAACUUAUCGCUGCUACUUUUCUACGUCAAGCGCAACUUCAUCCAUCGACAAAUCUUCUGCCCGUCAUACCGAAUCUAUCGUUAACAUCAAGCCAGUUUCUCAUCGGGUCGAACGACGAUGUAGAAUCACUGAUAAAACGAACAACGAUCAUCAACGAUCGUCGUCGAACGACUUCGACAUCAACGAUAGGCAAAAGCAUCAACCAGAAGUACAGAGAUAUAUUAUGAACGGCCACAGAGUCGUGCAUAUAUCGACAGCAUCGAUCGGCAGCUCAAAAGCCUCUCAGAUGGUCGAGGAAUCCUCACUGGCUAGAAAGAGUGCUCACGAGGAAUGGUUACGCAAAAAGCAGAUGUAUCUUCAACAAAAAAGAGAAGAAGAGGAAAUGCUGGAAACAAAGAAACGAGAGGAAGAGGAGAGAUUGACACGCGAAAAGGAAGAAAAGGAGAGGAGGGAAAAGGAGAAUUUUUUCAAGUGGGCAGAAAAGAAGAGGAAAGAGGAAGCGGAUAAAAAAACGGCCCUUGAAAAGGAAAUGGAAAUAGAAAAGCAAUUGAAAGAAUUGGAGGAGAAAGCGGUAGUCGCAAAGGCCUUGUGCCUACGACAAUGGGCUCGUAAAAAGGAAGAGGAACAGAAAGAAUUUAACCUUUGUACGAUAGCACAGCAAAGAGCACAGCAGUUGAAAGAAGAACAGGACGAGAAAGAACGGAAAAGGAGGCAGGAGGAGAGCUUGAAAGCUUACGAGGAGUGGCGAGAAAAGUCAAAAAAUCGGCCUAAACCAGCGACGCAAGGAUUACUUCCGCAUCAAGCGGCAAAACCGGCAUUUAUAAACCCCACACCAUGGCAAAAGCUUAUUGAGGACAAUUCGGACGAUGGCCAAGGGGACGACGGUAAGAGGACGAAAAUAAAACGAAAAAUUAAAAAUAAAAAGAGAUCAUUGACGUAAUCAUCGUGAGUAAAGGACCCUUCGGUUUUAAGCUCAUAUUUCGACUUAAAUAAUUUUAAAGUAAGAUUCACUGUCUUAGAUACACGCGUACUAUGCUUUUACAAGUGUUGCAUUUAUGUGUGUAUGUCAGUCUGGGCCAAUACCAUAUCGCACGAACAUGAAUCCUGGGAUUAUAAAAAGUAUUCACAUACGCGUAAACAUUAUACAAUAUCGACUUAUUAAUAUUAUUUCGUACGUUACAUCAUUCUGAUUUACCGAUGAUUAUUCCUCUACUUUGUCCGAGUUAUUUAUUGUGGUUAAAUUAUAAUAAAUUAAAAAUAUCCGAUAAAAAAGAAAGGAAAUAACUUAUAGCUAUAGCCAAGAUAGGAUAAAAGAAAAAAUUGAAGGAAUAUAUUGCUAGACUUACAUGGCCAUAAGUACUUAAAUUAUUCCAAUUAUUAAUGAAUGUGUUUUUAACGAAGUGAUAAUGAUAGUAUUAUUGUGCGCCGUUGCGUUCGGUACACUAUGUAGGUAAUAUAUUUCCAAUAAACUUGACUAAAAAGUAUCUGUGAAUAAAAAUACAGUGCUUAUUGA